AAAACUUUUCCUCUCUGCUCGACUGGUUUCCUGUGGGACGUCUCUCUCUCUCUCUCUUUCCCCUCCCCCUCUUCUCUCUUUCACCUGUAUUUUACCUUUACUUCCUCCUCCUGUUCUGUUCUGUUGUGACGCAGUUGUUUUUCCUCCGUGUUAAUCUCUUGGUGUGGACUCUGCUAUGGAUCAGUGUGAGGACAGAGAGGAGGGAGACCCUCCCUCAGAAACCAGUCUGUGUGGGGAACAUGACAGCCAGACCAAAGCUCAGAGAGUGCAGCAGGAGAGACCUGGACCUGGACCUGACCCUGGACCUGGACCUGAACCCAGCUCUGUGUCCAUGAAGAGUGACUCGUCUAUGGGUUUCCCUCUUAACUUUAAAGUUGAACAACCUGGAUCUGGACCUGAACCCAGCUGUGUGUCCAUGAAGAGUGACCGGUCUAUGGGUUUCCCUCUUAACUUUAAAGUUGAACAACCUGGAUUUGGACCUGAACCCAGCUGUGUGUCCAUGAAGAGUGACCGGUCUAUGGGUUUCCCUCUUAACUUUAAAGUUGGACAACCUGGAUCUGGACCUGAACCCAGCUGUGUGUCCAUGAAGAGUGACCGGUCUAUGGGUUUCCCUCUUAACUUUAAAGUUGAACAACCUGGAUCUGGACCUGAACCCAGCUGUGUGUCCAUGAAGAGUGACCGGUCUAUGGGUUUCCCUCUUAACUUUAAAGUUGGACAACCUGGAUCUGGACCUGAACCCAGCUGCGUGUCCAUGAACAGUGACUGGUCUAAGGGUCUUCCUGAGAACUUUAAAGUUGGACAAGCUGCUGAUGGAAGAGUUGAGCAGGAGAGCUCAGAGGUCCUCAGUGGUCAGUCUGCCCCACAGCAUCAAACAGAUCUGGACUCCAUAUUUAUGCUGCUGGAGGAGAACAUCGUCACUUUUGUGAAGAACGAGCUGAACAAGAUCCAGAAGGUUCUGAGUCCAGAUUACCCAGACUGCUUAGAGAGUCAGUGGGAGGAUGAGGAGGUGUUGGAGGAUGAGGAGCAGAGGUGGAGCAGCAGAGAGGAGUUUCUGAAGAUCACACUUCACUUCCUGAGAAGAAUGAAGCAGGACGAGCUGGCUGACUGUCUGAAGAGCAGAACCCAUGCUCCAGUGUGCCUACGUAAUCUGAAGUUUAACCUGAAGAAGAAGUUCCAGUGUGUGUUUGAGGGGAUCUCUAAUGCAGGAAACCCAACCCCUCUGAAUCAGAUCUACACAGAGCUAUACAUCACAGAGGGAGGGACUGCAGAGGUCAAUGAUGAACAUGAGGUCAGACAGAUUGAAACAGCAUCCAGGAAACCAGACAGACCACAAUCAACAAUCAGACAAGAAGACAUCUUUAAAGCCUCACCUGGAAGAGAUGAACCAAUCAGAACAGUGCUGACAAAGGGAGUGGCUGGCAUUGGGAAAACAGUCUUAACACAGAAGUUCACUCUGGACUGGGCUGAAGACAGAACCAACCAGGACAUCCACUUCACAUUUCCAUUCACUUUCAGAGAGCUGAAUGUGCUGAAAGAGAAAAAGUUCAGCUUGGUGGAACUUGUUCAUCACUUCUUUCCUGAAACCAAAGAAGCAGGAAUCUGCAGGUUUGAAAAGUUCCACGUUGUGUUGAUCUUUGACGGUCUGGAUGAGUGUCGACUUCCUUUGGACUUCCACAACACUGAGAUCCUGACUGAUGUCACAGAGUCCACCUCAGUGGAUGUGCUGCUGACAAACCUCAUCAGGGGGAAACUGCUUCCCUCUGCUCGCCUCUGGAUAACCACACGACCUGCAGCAGCCAAUCAGAUCCCUGCUGACUGUGUUGACAUGGUGACAGAGGUCAGAGGGUUCACUGACCCACAGAAGGAGGAGUACUUCAGGAAGAGAUUCAGAGAUGAGGAGCAGGCCAGCAGAAUCAUCUCCCACAUCAAGACAUCACGAAGCCUCCACAUCAUGUGCCACAUCCCAGUCUUCUGCUGGAUAUCUGCUACAGUUCUGGAUCUGUUGAAAACCAGAGAGGGUGGAGAGCGGCCCAUGACCCUGACUGAGAUGUACAUCCACUUCCUGGUGGUUCAGUCCAAAGUGAAGAACAUCAAGUAUGAUGGAGGAGCUAAGACGGAUCCACAGUGGAGUCCAGAGAGCAGGAAGAUGAUCGAGUCUCUGGGAAAACUGGCUUUUCAUCAGCUGCAGAAAGGAAACCUGAUCUUCUAUGACUCAGACCUGACAGAGUGUGGCUUUGAUAUCAGAGCAGCCUCAGUGUACUCAGGAGUGUUCACACAGGUCUUUAGAGAGGAGAGAGGACUGUACCAGGACAGGGUGUUCUGCUUCAUCCAUCUGAGUGUUCAGGAGUUUCUGGCUGCUCUUCAUGUCCAUCUGACCUUCAUCAAGUCUGGAGUCAAUCUGAUGACAGAAGAACAAUCAACCUCCCGGUUGUCUGAAGUGUUUGGGGGCAAAUCAACCCGUCUCUACCAGAGUGCUGUGGACAAGGCCUUACAGAGUCCAAACGGACACCUGGACUUGUUCCUCCGCUUCCUCCUGGGUCUUUCUCUGGAGACCAGUCAGUCUUUCCUCAGAGGCCUGCUGACACAGACAGGACGUAGCUCACAGACCAAUCAGGAAACAGUCGAAUACAUCAAGAAGAAGAUCAGUGAGGAUCUUUCUGCAGAGAGAAGCAUCAACCUGUUCCACUGUCUGAAUGAAUUGAAUGAUCGUUCUCUAGUGGAGGAGAUCCAACAGUCCCUGAGAUCAGGAAGUCUCUCCACAGAUAAGCUGUCUUCUGCUCAGUGGUCAGCUCUGGUCUUCAUCUUACUGUCAUCAGGAUCAGAUCUGGACAUGUUUGACCUGAAGAAAUACUCUGCUUCAGAGGAGGCUCUUCUGAGGCUGCUGCCAGUGGUCAAAGCCUCCAACAAAGCUCUGCUGAGUGGCUGUAACCUCUCAGUGAGAAGCUGUGAAGCUCUGUCCUCAGUCCUCAGCUCCCAGUCCUCUAGUCUGAGAGACCUGGACCUGAGUAAGAACAACCUGCAGGACUCAGGAGUGGAACAUUUUUCUGCUGGACUGAAGAGUCCACAAUGCAGACUGGAAACUCUCAGUCUGUCAGGCUGUAUGAUCUCAGAGAGAAGCUGUGAAGCUCUGUCCUCAGUCCUCAGCUCCCAGUCCUCUAGUCUGAGAGACCUGGACCUGAGUAACAACGACCUGCAGGAUUCAGGAGUGAAGCCUUUUUCUGCUGGACUGAAGAGUCCACACUGCAGAUUGGAAACUCUCAGGCUGUCAGGCUGUAUGAUCUCAGAGGAAGGCUGUGCUUCUCUGGCCUCAGCUCUAAGAUCCAACCCCUCCCAUCUGAGUGAGCUGGACCUGAGCUACAAUCAUCCAGGAGACUCAGGAGAGAAGCUUCUGUCUGCUGGACUGAAGGAUCCACACUGGAGACUGGAGACUCUCAGGGUGGACCAUGGUGGACUUCAGAGACUGAGACCUGGUCUGAGGAAGUAUGUCUGUGAAGUGGAACUGGACACAAACACAGUAAACAGAAACCUCAAACUGUCUGACAACAACAGGAAGGUGACACGUGUGAGAGAGGAUCAGUCAUAUCCUGAUCAUCCAGACAAAUUUGACUGUCCUCAGCUGCUGUGCAGAACUGGUCUGACUGGUCGCUGUUACUGGGAGGUCGAGUGGAGAGGAAGAGUUGAUAUAUCAGUGAGUUACAGAGGAAUCAGGAGGAGAGGAGACAGUAAAGACUGUUGGUUUGGAGGGAAUGAUAAGUCCUGGAGUCUGAGCUGCUCUAAUGGUGGUUACUUUGUCAGCCACAAUAAGAGAGGCACAGACCUCUCCUCCUCCUCCUCCUCCUCCUCCUCCUCCUCCUCCUCCUCCUCCUCUGGUAGAGUAGCAGUGUAUGUGGACUGUCCUGCUGGCUCUCUGUCCUUCUACAGAGUCUCCUCUGACUCUCUGAUCCACCUCCACACCUUCAACGCCACAUUCACUCAACCUCUUUAUCCUGGGUUUGGGUUAAGGGUCUGGUCCCCUGGUUCCUCAGUGUCUCUGUGUCCUCUGCAGGUCUGAGAGUCUCUCCUGUGGACAGAAACUCUGCUCACUGAAAUCAAAGUUCAGUCUGUUCACCAUCACUCACACUGCACUGUGAAGCAGAUCUGUCUCAGACUCAAACACAAAACAUUCAUUUGUCUGAUUUCAUCUCUUUGAUGAUCAACAUUUUUCACUAGAAACACUUCCUGAUGUGUAACAUCUGCCUCCUCCCUGGUGCUGUGAUUCAAAGUGACUCUGUGGGACACACUGUAUAAACAAUGUAAAGUGUAUCUGUGUCCAUGUACACAUGCUGUAAUAAACUUGUAUUAAAUUGUAUGUGUUUUUAGGGACGGUGCAGGAAGCUUUGUGAAGCUUUGGGGCUUCAGACUCAGUAACAGCACAGUGACAUCUGCUGGUUUAUAAACCUCACAGCAGCGUAAAUGUUUACAAAAAUUUAUAUUUUAAGUACUUUAAAGUUAGUUAAUGUUUGUACUUUUACUUUAAGAGUGUUUUAAGCUAUAACACAGUAUUGCUACAAUGUAGUAUUAGUUGUUUCAAUUAGCGUUAGCAGAAGAAUCGUUAAGAAGCCUCAUCGUUAGCUAACAGUAGUGAUGGGACAGACUGUGCUGAGGCUUCGGAGCGUGUGUCGAGAAAUCCAUGAAGUCUUUUCUGAAGCGCGUAUCGAGGCUUGUUUCUUUAAGGGCGAGUGACGUCACUGAUGACGUUUGAAGCCUCGCUGGUUCAGGGAAUGUUUGAGAGUUGACGUCAGGUUGGUGUGAUAAAUGAACAUAUAUUAAGCGCAUUGGAUCCCCGCA